AUGACUGAGAGGCCUCCGCAUUUUAUGGCUAGAAAUACGACGCUUACUAACAAUCGAACGUUCCAUGGGAGUUGGGCUGACGCAAUCGAAUGGCUCUCAAGACGUCUGAAUUUCUCAUAUAAGAUUAUACAAUCAAAAGAAGCAUGGGGCGAGACAUCUGGUCGUCUACAGCGUGAGGAAUUUGAUGUAGUGGGGCCACCAGUCGUAAUGAUGCUUGGACGCAUCCGGUUAUUUGAUUACGUGGGCGUCUUCGAAGACGAAACCAGCGCUUUACUUACUCCCGCUUUGACUGAGGAGAGCUCGCUUUUAUCAACCAUCAAACCCUUUCAACCAACCGUAUGGUUAGUGAUGCUCAUGUCCUUGCUGACGGUGGCCAUCUAUUUCUCAGCAUCUUCAACCUUAAACCUUGAUAGCUCGGAUAGAAAUGCGAAGUCGCUUAAUAUUGGUGACUAUGUCUUGUACACUACAGCAAUUUUAAUAAACCAAGGGCCCGUGUUUUGGCAAUCCUACGGACAAUCAAAAUUGUCUUUCCGUUUGGCGGCUGGUGUUUGGUGCCUCUUUGCCUUGGUUAUGGUCAACGUCUACAGCGGAACACUCACGGCCCACAUUACAGCUCGAAAGAUGAGCGUUCCACCCGGAGAUAGUAUCGAAGUUAUGGAACAAGGAAUUUUACCUUACCUUGUUGUAACUGACGGUUUAGGACGAGAGAUUAUUUUGGUAACGGUCCUUGUCAAUGGCAAAGAUUUCGCAGUUAUUCAUUCGCUCAUAUUUUUCAUUUGGGAGCAGAGCGCCACUAGCGGGCCGUUGAAGAAAAUGGGCGACAUAUUUCGUCGCCAUCCGGAAUAUUUCAUUCCCGAUCAAGAAACUGGUUUUCAAAAAGCUGCAUCGGGGUGUUGUGCCUACACUGAUUUGGUGAAUUAUUUGAAAUUCCGCAUCGGCAAGGAUUUUCAAGAAACUGGAAAGUGUCGGGUCCACAUUGGGAAGCCAAUCAGAGGCUAUGGAUUUUCAGGUCUCAUUCUUAAGAAGAAAAGCCUGCGCAGGAAUUCAUUAAAUCAAGGAAUUCUAGAACUGUACCAAACUGGACUUGUCGAACAUUGGCGCAAUGAAUAUUUUCUAGGGAACUCAUCUCCCUGUGAAUCUGCCAAAAACAAAUCUAAAAUAUUACGACGUUUGAACCUUAAAGAUUUGGCUAGCGCUUUCUUCAUACUCGGCAUCGGAGCUUUAAUUUCGUUACUUGCUUUCUCAAUCGAACAAUUUCGGCGAUUCAAAACUCGUCAAACCCCAUAA